AUUAAAUGAACAGACUUCAUUCUUUUUUGGCUGGCCUCAGUCAAAGGUCAAUUUUAAUUGUUUUUUUUUCGGGGGCAGUAAAUGUAUUUGGACUUAUAGUGAUAACAAUCAUUUUAAUGUUGGAACGAGAAAUGAUGUGAAAUGCUCAAUUCGAAACUGAAAGUGAAUUAACCAAAGUAACCGCAAAACUUGGAUUGUUGUACAGAUACGGCUCUUGCCGUCGUCAGGAGUCAGAAUUAAACCAACCAGCACCUGGAAGUGACAUCUUAUUCUGUAGAGAAUGACUGAAUCAUGGAAACCAGGACCUUCACAAAGGGAAGAAAUCUGACCAUAAUUUUGUGAAUUAUGACAGAUGGACAUCUAUCAAGCUCACAGUAAAGUAUUAAGUGUUAAACUCUGAUAGAGUGCAUUUUACUCUGUACAUGUGACCCUCUUGGAGUUAAAUUAACGCUGUCUGUUUUAUUGUGCACAGGAAUAAGCUUUCAGAGGAAAUGAGAUGUGGCAUUUUAAAGUCCCUUUAUGGAUGGCACGACUGGAUUAAGAAACAGGGGGCCCCUGGGUGCUGAAGCUCUAAAGCUGGCGGUAUACUCAGCAUAUAUAUUGCUCCUGUUCUGUGGCCUCGCCUAUUCCUGUGGAAGUGCAGAAUAUGAAAUUAAUGGAGAGUGCUGUGCAAGGUGCACACCUGGGACACGUGUUUAUAAACACUGCACGGAGUACACUCGCACCUCCUGUGUACCGUGCACUCAAAAAUCAUUCAUCGAUCUGCCCAACGGUCUGCCUCAUUGUUUGUCUUGUACAGUGUGUGACCAAGUCUUGGGUUUAAAAACAGAGAGAGAGUGCAUCCCCACCUCUGACACAGUGUGUGGGCCUCUGGAUCACCACUACUGCACUAAGACUGAUAAGAAGGGGUGCAGCUUUGCGCAGAAACACACCAUCUGCAGGCCUGGACAAUUCAUCAUACACAAAGGAACAACAUUGACUAAUACCGAAUGUGGAUACUGUCCUGAUAAAACUUUUUCAAAUAAAUCCUUUUUUGCGUACUGCAAACCACACACAGAUUGCCAGUCCUUGGGACUUCAGGAAAUUACAGCAGGAACAAACACAUCGGAUAGUGAAUGUGGACCAAGAAAUAUUCCUGUUUACAUCGUUAUUGUGUCUGUGCUACUUGCUUUAGCUGUUAUUUUAGCAAUCAUUUUCAUUUUAAGGAAGUUUCACCCUCUAUCUGGGAGCAGAAGGCAGAACAUGGCAACAGAUCUGACAGAACGUGAAAGAAUGAACAGGACAAACCAGCCACAGGAUGAAGGUCUAUGAUAAGAUAUCUUCCUGCCUGGCUGACAUCUCCACCUAGAUGGCCAGCCACCAUCUGAAGCUCAACCUCAACAAAACUGAGCUGCUCUUCUUCCCAUGCAAGACCUCUUUACUACGUGAGCUCUCAAUCACGGUUGAUGGCACCACAGUGACUGCUACUUGCAGGACAUGAUUCGAUCCUAUGUCCCUGAUCGACCACUCCACUCUGCGGCAGCAGGGCGCCUUGUAACCCCUCCCACCCGACCAAAGGGAUCACAGAGCAUCUCCACCCUAGCUCCCCAGUGGUGGAACGAUCUCCCCGAACCUCCCCCUCACUACCCAUCUUCCGCCGUGGCCUGAAGACUCAUCUCUUCAGACUAUACUUGGACUAACCACCACCACGCUGUAUAUUUCACUCUAAAUCCCCCCCCCCCCUUUUUUCAUGACUCUUGUUACAUGUUGCCCCAUCCCAGCACUUUUUGGUAAUUUGUAUUUGUCCUAAUUCUGUAGUUUAUUCUUCUGCCUAGUUGGUUUGCAGAGGUUAGGUCUGAAUAGUGUUCACUGUGUGAACUAAACUGUGUACAAAAUAAGUAUUGUAUCUUACUGAACCUGUGUUUAGUGGUUGUCUAUGACCAUGAAAUGCACUUUUUGUACGUUGCUUUGGAUAAAAGCGUCUGCCAAAUAAAUGUAAUGUAAUGUAACAUACUAAUAUAAUUUUAAUAUAUGUACAUCUUUUAUUUUUUGAUAUAAUUUUACUGCAUAAUUCUCAUUUUAUAUUUGUUUACGUCAAACUUUGUAACCCCUGGCGUUGUAUAUUUGUCUAUUCAUUAUUCCUUAUUAUUCUCAUAUUAUUUUAUAUAUGCUGUAUUUUGUAGUUCUGAUGCUGAAGUUGAAUUUUUUUUUAAAUGAUGGUAAGGGUACACAUGACUCGAUGGGGGAAAUCAUGAAGACUGAUAAAAGUACUAUUUCCUUGGUGCAGUUAGUACUGCAGCUGUCACAGCUGUCUACUGUGUGCAUGGAGUUGUUCUUACAUGCUAAAACCAUUUUGAUUCUGUUUUCUUAACAUAUGCACGUUUUAAUGAGGGGUGGGGGUUCAGUUAAUGUAAUGUUAAUUCAGUUAAUUUCACCAAUUAAAUACCACAGUGAAGAUC